AUGUGGCAUCUAAUCAUACAAAGAGAUAUAGCGUGUGAGAUGUCCUAUAUUAGCCCGUAAUAAAAAAGAUCUAUAUAUAUGUGUGUAAGGCAAAAGAUCACUAUUCGGUUUUAAGUAAAGGACUUACCUUUGUACCUGUAUCCAAAACUUCCUCAUUUAAAACAGACAUCGAGCUGUAUAAAUUGCAGAGAACUCUUAUCAGCCAUGAAAUACGGAAGGAUUCAGACUUAUCAUCUAUCACUCCAUUCUUCUCUAAACAGAAGACAGACAUCAACAUCACAAACCCAGCAAUUAAAACGUUCAUUCAAGCUAUUAAAGGUGACAUUACCAAUAUUGUUCAACACUCUCCUCAACACAGACAUAACCUUACUAAGUCUGAGAGAACAGCGUUGAAAGAUCUGCAAAAGGAUUCACAAAUUGUAAUACGACCGGUGGACAAGGGAGGAGUGGUGGUCAUUCAAAUGUACCAAAAUUACAAACAUGAAAUCCUUAAACAACUGGAGGACCGCAAUACAUACCGAAGACUGACAUAUGACCCGGUGUCACAAUUUCAAAAACGAAUUGAUGAACACAUACAAAUGGGAUUACAGUUGGGGGUCAUCGACUUCAAAACAGCAAAGUAG